CGGGUUCCUGUAUUUACGGUAAGUUAGUGGUCGGAGCAAUUUCAAGCAUGAUUGCGAGGUCCAAGUCGUACCUGCCUGUGGCUCACGGUAGCAAGCCACACCCACCGGCAGGAGCUCUAGAGCUCAAAGCUUGGACCACACUGCAGCAAGCUUCCCAGUCCAGCCAAUCGAACCAGUCGAGGAAACCGCAACGUGGAAACAAGAAGUUACGUCUGCCUGUCGGGUCGUUACAAUCGCUACAGACGUGUUGUCAGUUAGCCGUUUCAUACCCACUGCGAUCCCGCAAGAACCGGCUCAUUCUUCCUUCCAACGGUCGAAUUGAGGAGAGAACCGAUCGCGCUGCAUAGAAAUCUAGACUAGAACCUGACUACGACACUAGCUCCUGCUAUCCCCGUCAUCGAUCAUGGCCUCGUCAUCCAGCCACCAAUACAGUGCUCCCCAAGUAGAGGACGACGACGACCUCAUUGACCCUGAUGAUGCGGACCUCAAUGACUUCAACGACCCCCUCUCCCGCAACGACUCCCAGCGCCAACCGCUAACAGGCAACAUCGGCUCGACCUCAUCCUCCUCAGCCGCGCCACUAAACGAGAACUACCUGACCUCCCGUAUCCCGGGCGAGGACCGCCGCGCCCCCCAAAACACCAUCGACGAGACGGUCUGGGAGACGUUGCGCCGUGACCUUAUCGCCGUCUGGUCCAAGAUGCGCGAGGUCCUCUACCCUAAGUACCUGUUCGGGGGCACCAUGUUUGAGAGCAACGAGGGGCUGCGGGGAGCCUAUGCCAAUCUCAGAGGGGCGGGGUUCUCGGGCGCGCGAGAGGAGCUUGCUGGGCUCGCGGGCAGAGUCAUGGAUCCCGAGGCGCUGCUCGGGCAUAAUGAUAUGAGUCCCGGCCUGAGGGACUGGGAUAUGUGGGGCCCGCUUAUCUUUUGUCUGCUGCUGAGUUUGUUGUUGAGCUUCCGGGCCAAGGACGAUCAGAAGGAUGUCGUGUUUAGUGGGGUGUUUGCGAUGGUUUGGAUUGGCGAGGCUGUUGUUACCCUGCAGAUCAAGCUGUUGGGUGGAAACAUCUCGUUUGCGCAAAGCGUAUGCAUCAUCGGCUACACGCUGUUCCCGCUCGUCAUCGCGGCCAUGCUUUCGGCUAUCGGCAUAGGGCCCGUUCCCCGAGUGCCAAUCUACAUUCUGCUGGUCGCUUGGUCGCUGGCGGCGGGUGUGAGCAUUCUCGGAGGAAGUGGCGUCGUCAAGAACAGAGUCGGAAUAGCGGUCUAUCCUCUAUUUGUAUUCUACGUCGGCUUGGGCUGUCUAUGCUUCAUCAGCUAGAUGAGUUCAGCUGUGGCAACCAAACCAGAAAGAUUGGAGCCCGACAGGCGGGGCAGCGCCGCAAAGCACAAGCGGCGCAGAAACCUUUCACAUUGAUGCGUGUAUUUCUAGCUAUCCCCCAGUGUAUCAUCAGGAGGCGGCAAACAUGAUUUGAUUUGAGAUUACCGCGGCAUGGAGUGUUGCCUCGGGCAAGAUGGGCAAGCGCCAGCGGUUGG